AUGGAAGUCUUCGACCAACAGGCUUCUCCAAGUACAGCGAUGUACUUCCUCCCUCACAUCCUUCAAAGUCUCGCCUUUGCAGCGACGACUUUCGGGUUGUUAGUUCCCCAGGCGAAGAGGGCAACAGUCUGUAAUGGACACGCUGAACUGUGUCUUCGAAGCUACGGAAACGUGACCUUUUUGGGAUCGCAUGAUUCGUUUGCAUUUAGUGAGAAUCCUUUUGCGCUUGCGAGAACUCAAGAGGUCGACAUCCCGUCACAACUUGCGCUCGGUGUACGGUUCCUACAAGCCCAAGCUCAUAUGAACGAUGGACAGCUUCAUUUCUGUCAUACAGAUUGCGUUCUCUUUGAUGGAGGAACCGUCGUGGAUUAUUUGGGCAAGGUCAAAACCUUCCUCGACGCGAACCCAAACGAAGUCAUCACGCUACUAUUCACCAAUCCCGAGGGUGCAUCGAUUGCCGAUGUGUGGAAGCCUGCAUUUGAUGACUCUGGUAUAACCCCACUUACGUUCGUACCCCCUCAUCAACCAAUGAAACGGUCCGAAUGGCCUACACUGGGUGAGCUCAUCGAUAGCGGGAAACGAGUGGUUGUUUUCCUAGAUGCAGGUGCGGAGAAUGGAGGUGUUGAGUCUAUUCUUCCUGAAUUUACGAUGAUCUGGGAACCCCCUUUCAGCUCCACAGACAAGAAUUUUCCAUGUCGUGUUGACCGAAUCGAAGGCCCACUGACCCCCGCUGAUCAUAUGUACAUGCUCAAUCAUAAUUUGAAUGUGGAAAUCGUGGACGGAGUGCUUCUUAGUGACAGAGUGGAUGCACCUACAACAAAUGGGAUUGCUUCGAUUAUGGCAGAUGCAAAUGGAUGUAGGGGAUUCGCGGACGGAUUACCACCCAAUUUCGUGAUGUUGGAUUAUGUUAAUGUCGGACAGGGACUGACAGCAGUAAAUCAGUUGAAUGGGUUGGCGUAA